AUGUCUAGGCAGAAUCAAAAUCUGAUGCAGGUUCGACUUGCCAAAGACAGUUGUAUAUACCAAAUGGUUUUGGCAGGCAAAGUCAACCACGUGGCUGUGAAUGUGUAUGAUCAAUUUCACACUUUUGGAUUAAAAAAAAUCAUCAAACAUUUGAGAAACAUCAAUCGUGUCUUGGCAAGUCAAGCUCAAAGCCCUUGCGGCGAUUCACGUGAUCCCGUGACUCCCGCCUCGCUGCAAACCACCAGUGUCAUCUCAAGACGUCCUCAUCGACCUGGAGGCAAUCGUCUGGUUUGCUCAUCUUUGCUACGUCAAUUUGACCCCACUGGUUUUUCUUCGACUCCCCCAUCACUCGAUCUCUUUUUACUUUUCCGAUCACACCUUCUUUUGACCCUUCCGCCCAAUCUCCGCCCUUAG